AUGUUCGCCCGGCGCAUCACCAAAAGCCCUGCCAUCAAUGGCUCCGUCAAGAGAGCUUUCACUACCUCCACCCCGUUAUGUCGUGCACCCGCCCUCGCCGACAUCAAUUCCCAAGGUGCCGCCUCCUUCGACGCAAAGCAGAAGCAAUUCCGCGAGAAGAUGGCCGAGAUGAACAAGAUGAAGGAGUCCAGUGGCUCACAAGCAGCUUGCGCUACAGGUGCCAAAGAAGACGACGCCGCCAAACGUGGACCGCUGGGCACGCUGAUCUAUGGCACGAAGGAGGGACGCGAGAUGGACCGCGAGAUUGAGCACAGUUUCAGUCAGGUGCUGUCGCGGGGCAAGUACGUGCAUAGUAUCGUCUUCCACGAGGUCAAGCCGGACAAGGUCGAUGAGUAUGUGAAGCUGGUGGGCGAGUGGUACCCGAAGAUGGCCGGCAUGGAGGAGAACAAGGUGCACCUGGUCGGCAGCUGGAGGACCGAGGUGGGCGAUUGUGAUACAUUUGUCCACAUCUGGGAAUACCAGCGCUACAACGGUUACCACGACUCCCUUCACUCCAUUGCCAACCACCCCGACUUCCCCGCCUUCAACCAGAAGCUCAAGUCUCUCAUCACAUCCAAGAAGACCUCCCUCAUGCAAGAAUUCUCCUUCUGGCCCACCACCGCGCCCCGCACCCUCGGCGGCGUCUUUGAACUCCGAUCCUACACUCUCAAGCCCGGCGGCCUGCUCGAAUGGGAGACGCACUGGCGACGUGGACUGAAGGCCAGACGGGAGGUCAUGGAGGGAGUUGGUGCGUGGUUUGUGCAGAUUGGAGAGCUGAACACGGUGCAUCAUCUGUGGCAGUUUGCCGACCUGGAGGAGAGGAAAGUGAGGAGAGAGCAGAGCUGGGGGGUUGAGGGGUGGGGAGACACGGUGCACAAGACUGUGCCGCUGAUUCAGACUAUGAAGAGCCGAGUGCUGGUUCCGAUGCCCUGGAGUCCGGUUGCCUGA